AUGGCCUUACGUGACGAAUACAACAUCGCAGCUGUCACAAACGAUAUCUUUACCCGAGAAGACGCAGAAUUCCUUACUCGCAACAAAGCACUUUCUCCAUCCCGUAUCCGUGCCAUCGAGACAGGAGGAUGCCCUCAUGCGGCUGUCCGCGAAGACAUAAGCGCCAACCUGCUUGCUCUCCAACAACUCCAGCGCAAGUUCAAGACCGAUCUUCUCCUAAUCGAGUCCGGCGGAGAUAACCUUGCUGCAAAUUACUCUCGUGAAUUGGCUGAUUUCAUUAUCUACGUCAUUGAUGUUGCUGGCGGUGACAAGGUGCCUCGUAAGGGCGGGCCAGGAAUCACAGGCAGUGACCUGUUGGUGGUUAACAAGAUUGACCUUGCGGAGGCUGUGGGUGCCGACCUCGAUGUCAUGGAAAGGGAUGCGGCAAAGAUGAGAGAAGGCGGCCCUACUGUCUUUGCCGUGGUGAAGCAGGGCAAAGGCGUUGAACACAUUGUCGAUUUGAUAUUGAGCGCCUGGAAGGGCAGCGGAGCUUACGACAUGAGCUUGGAGAGAUGGAAAAACGGUGCUCCUAAAAACUCCGGCUCCGUAGAUGAGUGA